GCACCGGCAUUUGUGACCUCUGACCUCACUCAUUUCACUGGUCUGGCUGUACGGGGUGCUGGGAAGAAGCAGUCAUGGAUUUACCCCUAAACUUCAUCAUGUAUUUGGCGGUUCCUGCCUUGCUGUCAUUGUCUUGGAUUAAAUACAGAGGGCUAGAAUAUAUUUUGAUUCACUACCGAUGGGUGUUCGUUUGCCUAUUCCUCCUGCCUGUCUCGGUGAUCUACGAUGUUUUCAUGUUCGGAAGGAAUUGGCUCGUCUUCCAGUUUAACUCGGCGCCGAAGAAGCAUGAUCAAAAGGUUCAGCAUGUGCAGAGACAGGUGAGGAAGUGGCGUGAUGACGGUGCUCACACCCCAAUGUGUACAGCCAGACCGGGCUGGUCCAAUGUCAGCUUCAGACGUGGCCUAUACAAGAAAAAGCUCCGCAACAUCGAAGUCAACCUCAUUGACAUCCUCAAUGUUGAUACCGAACGUCAGGUGGUUCGAGUUGAGCCAUUGGCUACAAUGGGUCAGGUGACCGCCUUCCUCAACCCCCUUGGAUGGACUCUUCCAGUUCUACCUGAGCUUGAUGACCUCACUGUGGGAGGCCUCAUCAUGGGCGUCGGCAUCGAGACGUCUUCCCACAAGUACGGCCUGUUCCAGCACUGCUGCGAGUCCUUUCAACUGGUCGUGGCGGAUGGGAGCAUCGUCAAAUGCUCAAAGACAGAGAACACUGAUUUGUUUUAUGCUGUGCCCUGGUCGUAUGGAACCUUGGGAUUUCUUGUUUCUGCGGAGAUAAAGAUUAUCCCGGCCAAGAAGUUCGUGAAGAUAGAGUACUAUCCAGUCCACACCAAGAGGGAGAUGCUGCGCAAGUUCGAGGAAGAAAUCAAGAAGAAGUCUGGCAAUGAGUUUGUGGAGGGUUUGGCGUACUCUCGAGAGAAGGGGGUCAUCAUGACCGCCAACAUGACCGACGAGGCGGAACAUGACAAGAUCAACUCCAUCGGAAACUUUUGGAAGCCCUGGUUCUACAAACACGUGGAGGAGUUUCUCCGUACAGGCCCUGCUGUGGAGUACAUCCCCCUCCGCCACUACUACCACCGCCACACUCGCAGCAUCUUCUGGGAACUCGAGGAUAUCAUCCCCUUCGGCAACAACCCCGUGUUUCGAUACCUCCUGGGUUGGAUGGUGCCCCCCAAGAUCUCUCUACUGAAGCUCACCCAAGGGGAGACAAUCAAGAGGAUGUACGAGAAGUACCAGAUCAUCCAGGACAUGCUCAUCCCUCUGAAGGACCUCAGUGACGCACUCUCGGUCUUCCACCAGGAACUCGACCUGUACCCACUGUGGCUAUGCCCCUUCAUGCUGUACAAUAACCCUGGAAUGGUGCACCCUGCCAGUGGUGAGGACGAACUGUAUGUUGACAUCGGUGCCUACGGAGCACCCAAGAACCCGAGCUUCAACACCAUCCCGUCCACCAGAAGAAUCGAGUCCUAUGUCAAGAAAGUCCAUGGCUUCCAGAUGCUGUAUGCAGAUUCCUACCUCACCCGCGAAGAGUUCUACGACAUGUUCGACCACUCCCUGUACGACAAGAUGCGCCUGAAGUUGGACUGCUGGAAGGCUUUCCCUGAAGUCUAUGACAAAGUCAACCGCAAAGUCCGCGACUAGUCCUAGGGUCAACCAAUCAUUCUUUCGAUGGAAACAAAUAUUGUGGCUCUGUUUACCCAACAAUUCUUGUUUCAAUCCUGAUUCUGCCAUUUUGUUGACAAUUUUACAUGUAGGUUGUUGAUGAGUUACAAAUUGAUUUGACUAAUAAUAAGCAGUGGUUUGGAAAGCAGUGUUUUGUCUCCACUGACAGUGCUGGUGUAUAAAUCGACAAUUCCACAAAGUGUGAGUAAGAAGUUGUAGUACAUACCAUGGAUAAAAAAUCUAGUCUGUCUCAACUUGAUGUCACUUUGUAUGAUUUAGAAAAGAAAGAUUUAUAUUACCUAUAAGCUUACCACCUUGAAGUGCCACAACAUUUAUUUUCAAGGAUUUAUCUGGCAGAGCUCCAUCAGGAUGAUAUUGAUUUGCUCAAAUCUGAUGAAUCGACUCAGAUGACGGGUAGAAAACCAACAUAUUUUCAUUGGGCACGACAAGGAUUCUGAUGUGACCAAUGAUAUAGAGGAAAUGUUGAACAAUCUAAAACGUCAGAUUAUGAAGAGUAGGUCCAUAUAUGGGGAAGCUAGUCUAGUAUGUCGUGUUAUAGUCAACGCCUGUGGACGUCAUACUGACACAAGAUGUAUUUUUAACCCUAUCAGUGCACAUUUUGUGAAAACAUUGACAUAAAUAUGACUGUGUCAGUUAGUGUAUGUCUUACGUAUGAGAAGUUGAGUGACUGUGCUAGCUAUAGGUGGAGAGAGAACACACGUUAAGGGAGGGACAUAAAAAGAACUGUUCCUUUGUUGUUUAAAUAUCAAUAUCAUUUUGGUGUUUUUUUUUAUAACAAAAUGUUUUGAUGAUGUGUGCUCUGCAAACAAUCCUGGGGCAAUAUACUGUAGUCCAAAUAUACUGUGGAAUCAAUAUAUGAGAACAGUAAAUAAUACUUCGUUACAAGACAAUUUGGGGGAAAUGUGUAGCAUACUCCAGUUACUACAUUUCUGUCUUGUUAACAUGAAGCAGAAUUAUGGCAACAGUAAACACUACAUGUUGCUGUCGUAGAGAUAGGGUUAAUACUGUCACAGAUAGGGUUAAUACUGUCAUAGAUAGGGUUAAUACUGUCACAGAUAGGGUUAAUACUGUCAUAGAUAGGGUUCAUACUGUCACAGAUAGGGUUAAUACUGUUAUAGAUAGGGUUGAAUGCCGUCACAGAUAGGGUUAAUACUGUCAUAGAUAGGGUUAAUACUGUCACAGAUAGGGUUAAUACUGUCACAGAUAGGGUUAAUACUGUCAUAGAUAGGGUUCAUACUGUCACAGAUAGGGUUAAUACUGUUAUAGAUAGGGUUGAAUGCCGUCACAGAUAGGGUUGAAUACAGGUGGUUUAAAUACAUGAUUGAAUGUCAGUUGGAAUAGUUCUGCAUUUAUUUAAGAUUAGAAUCACGUGUUGUUAGUUAGUUGAAAUAAUCUCACAACUGCGUGCUCCUUCCGGUGAUGUGAUGUCGAAGAUGACGUCCAGGUGUGCUUGAGUUAAUUUUAUUGUAACAGUGUUUCAAAUGGCAUCAAUUAUUUUGACCAUUCAUUGCAGAGGAUCCUUCUUAGUUUCCGCAAUGAUGACAGGCCAGUUUUUCCAAAUCCUUUUCAUGUGUCAAAGAGACAUUAUCAAAAUGUUGUACUACAUCACAAUGUGACUUUUUUGCUCUGUGGUUUGUGGUUAUACUUGUUAAACUGUCUUUCAUUUGUUUUAUGGUUUGCCAGUAUAUAUACAAGUCCAUGUGUCGUCAGUGGUUGUUGUGUUGUGAUAUCCACAAUCGUUGUUCGUGCUGUGCAGACAUAGUUCAGGAGGUCAGAGGAUUUGUCUUACAGUAUCACUGUAUCACGCUGUAUCACAUAGUGAGUGAGUGAGUUGGGUUUAACGCCGCUUUUAACAGUAUUCAAGUUAUAUCACGGCGUGUCAGCUUAAUGUGGGAGGAAAGCCCAAAGUGAUGUAGGUCUUAGACGUUUAUCACUUCGGUGAAACCCACGAGCACGGGUAUGGUGCUGACAAACCUAGAAACAUAAUUGGGGCGAACCGGGAUUCGAACCCACAAUCAUAGUGUAUCACAUAGGGAGAGGGUGGGUGAAGUGGGGAGAGGCCCCAGGAUGGGUGAAGGGGGGGAGAGGCCCCAGGGUGGGUGAAGGGGGGGAGAGGCCCCAGGGUGGGUGAAGUAGGGAGAGGCCCCAGGGUGGGUAAAGUGGAGAGAGGCCCCAGGGUGGACAAAGUCGGGAGAGGCCCCAGGAUGGGUGAAGUGGAGAGAGGCCCCAGGGUGGACAAAGUCGGGAGAGGCCCAAGGGCUGGUGAAGUGGGGAGAGGCCCCAGGGUGGGUGAAGUAGGGAGAGGCCCCAGGGUGGGUAAAGUGGAGAGAGGCCCCAGGGUGGGUGAAGUGGGGAGAGGCCCCAGGGCAGGUGAAGUAGGGAGAGGCCCCAGGGCAGGUGAAGUAGGGAGAGGCCCCAGGGUGGGUAAAGUGGGGAGAGGCCCCAGGGUGGGUAAAGUGGAGAGAGGCGUCAGGGCAGGUGAAGUGGAGAGAGGCCCCAGGGCAGGUGAAGUGGAGAGAGGCCCCAGGGCGGGUAAAGUGGAGAGAGGCCCCAGGGCGGGUAAAGUGGAGAGAGGCCCCAGGGCAGGUGAAGUAGGGAGAGGCCCCAGGGUGGGUGAAGUGGAGAGAGGCCCCAGGGCAGGUGAAGUGGAGAGAGGCCCCAGGGCAGGUGAAGUGGAGAGAGGCCCCAGGGCGGGUAAAGUGGAGAGAGGCCCCAGGGCGGGUAAAGUGGAGAGAGGCCCCAGGGCAGGUGAAGUGGAGAGAGGCCCCAGGGCGGGUAAAGUGGAGAGAGGCCCCAGGGUGGGUGAAGUGGAGAGAGGCCCCAGGGCAGGUAAAGUGGAGAGAGGCCCCAGGGUGGGUGAAGUGGAGAGAGGCCCCAGGGUGGGUGAAGUGGGGAGAGGCCCCAGGGCGGGUAAAGUGGAGAGAGGCGUCAGGGCAGGUGAAGUGGAGAGAGGUGUCAGGGCAGGUGAAGUAGGGAGAGGCCCCAGGGUGGGUGAAGUGGGGAGAGGCCCCAGGGCGGGUGAAGUGGAGAGAGGCGUCAGGGCGGGUGAAGUGGAGAGAGGCCCCAGGGUGGGUGAAGUGGGGAGAGGCCCCAGGGUGGGUGAAGUGGAGAGAGGCCCCAGGGUGGGUGAAGUGGGGAGAGGCCCCAGGGUGGGUGAAGUGGAGAGAGGUGUCAGGGCAGGUGAAGUGGGGAGAGGCCCCAGGGUGGGUGAAGUGGGGAGAGGCCCCAGGGUGGGUGAAGUGGAGAGAGGCCCCAGGGUGGGUGAAGUGGGGAGAGGCCCCAGGGUGGGUGAAGUGGAGAGAGGUGUCAGGGAAGGUGAAGUGGAGAGAGGCCCCAGGGCGGGUGAAGUGGGGAGAGGCCCCAGGGUGGACAAAGUAGGGAGGGAAUGGGCAAAGUAGGGAGAGGGAACUGAGAAUUUAGUGGUAUAAUCAGAAGACACUCCUGAACUGUUGCUGCUGCCUUGUCCUAUGAAGAUGUCCGAUCUCCUCCAGACAGCUGGUGAUGUUCACAGCCCUGCCCAUCAUGUUUCCUGUAUGAUCUGCUAGAUUCUCUCAACACAGAAGUACUUUCAAUCCAAAUUUUACUGAUAUAACACAAUGUCUAUCAUUCAGAAAUCCCACAUCUUAUUCUAGAUACAAAAUCAAAUUUCAUAUCUUCAAUUUUCUUAAACCUUUUUACCUUUUAGGACAGGAUAAAAUACAAAUUCAUACAUAUGGCUUUACAUCAAUACAAGUAUGAAUGACAAACAGCAGGACUUAUUCCCCUAGGAAUGUGUAGGCAUGGUGUAGGCAUGGUGUAGGCAUGGUGGGGGCUGAUGCUGUCCGGGCACCAUAGGAGUAGGAAUCUGAGGGCAAACAACGCAGGACUGUUUUUGUUAUGAUCUAUAUACAUUUAUAUAAUCAUAUCUAAGGAUCAUUGUCCAUGUCUGCCUUUCCUGCCACUCAUGAAGCUGGUCUCCAUCUCUGCUUAUAGAGGUUGUCUGUCCAUCAGUCUACAAGGUUACCAUGGUUACAGUGCUCAUAGCUUUUCAGCCAUUGUUUUAUAUAUACAAUUGGUUUUGUCCUUCCCAGACUUAUUGUGGAUAAUGUUUUCAUAUACAAAUAAUAGUUGUCAGAAGCUGUAUUUUGAAGUCAAGUAAACAAGCAUAUGUAUAAA